CCACACACCCUCCCCCAAUCCGUCAUCAUCGUUUUGAUCUCCAUCGCCUCUCACUCUCACUCUCACAUCCUCCAGUGACUGCCGUGCAGGUUUCGGUCCGGUCGCCAUGUGGCUUCUUGUGCUGUUCGGUGUUCUUCGGUACGUGUCGUCCUACGAGGUGAACGUCAACAAGAUGGACGGGCUGGCUCGAGCCAGAGUGGAGUCGUGUGGUGGAUGACAACUGAACAGACUCAGGGAGGUCAAAGCCUUUGUGGUCCAGGACAUUCCUCUUUACCAUAACCUGGUGAUGAAACACAUUCCUGGGGCCGACCCUGAACUUGUCCUCCUCAAUCAUUACUACGAGGAGCUGGAUAGGAUCGCUUUGUCUGACAUGACCCGCUCUGAGAUCAAUGAGCUGCUGGCCAAGUUGGGCUUCUACAAGAAGGCCGAGGCAGACGAGGAGGUCCCGGAAGAGUUCCGCUUCUCCCCCGCCAAAGACAGCCCGUUCGAAAAGGAGCCGGCAGCACACAAUCCCGCCAGUGAGAACACAUCCUCCUCCUCCUCCUCAGAACCCGACUCUGAGGCCAAACACACGGACCUCUAAUGCUCUCCGAGACAUGACUGCCGCUAAACCAGGCCAGCAGAUCAAGAAUCAGGACUAACGUUUUGCUACAGACGUCAAAAUCAGCGGUCUGGCCUCCUCGUCUGUGUACGCUUCUCACCUGCCAAGAUACAGAAUGACGCCGCAGGUUAAAAAUUUGCCGAUUGGCCUGAGGUUGAUGCCACACGUACUGGUGGGUGGGCUGCUACACACACACACGUUACCACUGGAAACCAAUAAAAUGGUUUUACACCAA